AUGUCCGCCGCCCACGCCGACCCCUUCGCAGAUCCCGGAAGUACCGCUCUUCCCCACCGAACACGCGAAGACGCAUCCUCCUCCACCACCACCGACGACGAUGACCUCUUCCCCCAUCCCUCGCCCGUCCUUCAAAUCUCGCGCAUCGCCUCGUUGACCCUCGGAACCGACUCCCUGAUCCACUUGGACGAAUCGGCCCCCUGGCCCGCCCACUGCUGCCAUCUCCUCCCAUCCUUGUCCAAAACGACGCGCGCAAUCCCCUUCCACAACAUCCUCUGGGCACAAGGACAGGGCAGCGAUAUCGAAAUUUGGUACACCGAAUCGGCGGGAAGAAGAGGGCGGAAAUGCGUCGUCGGCACCUUGAAAUAUGACCUUCCCGACACGGACUCCAAAACCGCCUCGUCAUGGAUCACCGCCUUGUUGGACCGCGCCUACCCACCCGGUACGCAGGCCCGAAAGCGCGUCAAGGUGCUCGUCAACCCGUUUGGUGGACAAGGCCAUGCGACCAAAAUCUGGGAAUCACAAGUCCGCCCCAUCUUCGCAGCCGCACAGUGGGAGGUGGAUGUCGAAAUGACGUCCCAUCGCGGUCAUGCCAUUGACAUUGCUCGCAAUUUGAAUUUGUCAAGAUAUGAUGUCGUGGCGUGCGCGAGUGGAGAUGGUCUCCCACAUGAAGUCUUCAACGGCCUGGCCAACCACCCCGCAGGAGGGAAAAAGGCGUUGAGCAGCGUCGCAGUCGUACAAAUCCCCUGUGGGAGUGGAAACGCCAUGUCUCUAAAUCUGAAUGGAACGGAUAGUCCAUCCCUCGCGGCCCUGGAAAUCGUCAAGGGAAAAUGGACGGAAUUGGAUCUUGUCGCAAUCACCCAAGGCUCCAAAUUAACCUGGAGCUUCCUCUCCCAGGCGGUUGGAAUCAUUGCGGAAAGCGAUCUCGGUACAGAGAGUCUUCGAUGGAUGGGCAAUUUCCGCUUCACUUGGGGUGUCCUCGUCCGCGUCCUGGGCAAAUCCAUCUAUCCCGCACAAUUCUCCGUYGUCCUCGAUACGGAAGAUAAAUCCACCAUUAUGAAUCGCUACCGAGAAGCCGUCUCCGAACACGAAGCCUCCACAUCCAAAGGCCACCAUCUCUCCCCUCCCUCAUUAUCAAGCAACGACACCGACCUUCCAAAACUACACUACGGCACCAUCCAAGACUCCCUCCAUCCCGACUUCACCACCCAAGACCACCCCAAUCUCGGCAACUUCUACGUGGGAAACAUGUGCUACAUGUCCUCCGACACCCCCUUCUUCCUCGCCUCCCUCCCCAACGACUCCCGCCUCGACCUCGUCUGCGUUCCCGGCGACAUUUCCCGCCUCACCGCCCUGCGCAUGCUGACCGAAGUCGCCAACGGCACCAUGAUGAACUUCUCCGAGCUCUCCUAUCGCAAAGUCAAGGCCUAUCGCAUCCUUCCCCGCAUGGACGUCAGCAAGGGCACGAGAGGGAGGUUAUCCCGCUGGUUGGGCGGUGGUCGUCGAGGGCAGGCCAGGGAAGGCUUGAUUAGUGUGGAUGGGGAGAAAGUCGCUUUUGAGCCCUUCCAGGCUGAGGUUGUGGGGCGGUUGGGAAGAUGUUUGAGUCGGAGUGGAGGGGUUUAUGAGGUGGGGGAGUUGGGGAGCAAGGGGUUGAGAUGA